UCCACUCUCCGUGGUGCUGAUCUGCGCGGAGGUCGCGGUGUGUCCGCCCUAGGCGCUCCUUUGCCGGCGGAGAGGCGCAGGGGGCGCCGGGAACCUCGGGAAAGGCCUCGGCGCCGCGCCAGGGCGGUGGCUGUGCCUCCAGCUGUGCGGGUCUCACCGGUGACCGCGCGCCCGCGGCCUCGGGAGAGCAGCGGGGCCCCGGGGAGUCCGCACCGGGAGGCUACCGGCCGAGCGCCCCCGCGGCCCCGCCUCGGCUCCUCCCCCGGCUGCUGGCCGCCAUGGCCUUCGCCUCCCCGGAGAGCGCGGGCUGCUGCCGCGGGGGGCUGCCGCGGAUCCCGGCGCUACGCGUGCUGCUGCUGCUCUGCUUGUGGCUGCCGAGCGGCGGGGCGGCCGGGCCUCCGUCUGCCCCGCGGGCCGGGCUGCUCGCUCCGCUGUCGGGCGUGGAGCAGCUGCUGGAGGAGUUCCGCCGGCAGCUGCAGCAGGAGCGGCCGCAGGAGGAGCUGGAGCUGGAGUUGCGCGCCGGCGGCGGCCCCCGAGAGGGCUGUCCCGGGCCCGGAGGCGGCGGCUACAGCGCCAGGCCGGACGCCAUCAUCCGCACCAAGGACUCCAUCGCGGCCGGCGCCAGCUUCCUGAGGGCGCCCGCGGCCGUGCGGGACUCGCGGCAGUGCGUGGCGGCCUGCUGCUCCGAGCCGCGCUGCUCGGUGGCCGUGGUGGAGCUGCCCCGGCGACCCGAGGGCCCCGCCGCCGCCGAGCUGCGCUGCUACCUCUUCAACUGCACAGUGCACGGCCGCAGUGUUUGCAAGUUCGCUCCUCAUCGAGGAUACAGCAGCUACCGCCUCAGCCGCGCUCCGGAAGGCGGCCAGGAAGGCCUGGAAGACAACACCGCCAGGUCCUCACCUUGGCUGGAGAAGGACGAGCCUCCACUCUGCAAGGCCGGGGAGGAUGUGGUCUUGCACCUGCCCACAGACAGGGUGGUUCUGGAUGGCCGUGACAGCACAGAUGACCGGGCUAUCGUCCAGUAUGAGUGGACACUCCUGCAGGGCGACCCGUCAGUGGACACGAAGGUGCCACAGUCAGGAACCCUGAAACUGUCCCACCUGCGGGAAGGAACGUACACCUUUCAGCUGACAGUGACGGACACUGCGGGACAGAGGAGUUCAGACAACGUCUCCGUGACAGUGCUACCCGUGGCCUUCUCCACGAGAGGGUGCUUAAAGGCCUGUUCUCGUUACCACUUCUUCUGUGACGAUGGCUGUUGCAUUGACAUCACACUGGCUUGCGAAGAGGAACAGUGUCCAGACAGGUCUGAUGAAGUCUUCUGUCAGAACUUGAACCUUGAGAGGAAGGUGGUGACCCACAGGCCAACUGCUUUGCCAAGAACCAGAACCGCAGGGCCCAGUGAAGAUGUGAGGAGAGAGUUCUUGUUGGAAAAAUCUGAGAAAUCCGCUGCCCCAAGCCAGCCAUCAGUGUCAUCAAACAUAGAGAAGAGCAAUCAGUCUGCCUUCUGGGGACCAGAGCAUCUAGUGGAUCCGGAGACUGACCCCACCAUGUCAGGUUCCUUGGAGAAGAAAAGAAAAGAGAAAAAUCACAUGUUUGAGGCAAAGAGUGAUCAAAGACGACAGGAACGCCCAGCUCCAGAAGCAGGUGCAGUGUUACCCCUGGCACUGGGUUUGGCGAUCACUGCUUUCCUGCUUCUCAUGGUUGUUUGCCGACUACGACUGGUCAGACAGAAACUGAAAAAGGCUCAUCCCAUAACAUCUGAGGAAUCUGACUACCUAAUCAAUGGGAUGUAUCUGUAAUAUUAAGGAUAAUUUAAAUAGCUGGGGGGGGGGGGCAAAGAUAGUUCCCUUAUAAAUUCCUUUUUUAAAUUUUACUAGUGAUUUGGUAACGAUUGACAAGAUUGAGGAAUAAGAGGGGUAUGGUUCCAUACUAUUCCCACCACCAAAGUUCCACAUCCCCUCCCCUCCAGUAGAAGCUUCUCUAUCCCUCUGGGAAUAUGGACCAAAGAUCUUUAUGGGGUGCAGAAGGUGGGAGUCUGACUUCUGUAACUGCUUCUCCACUGGACACAGGCAUUGACAAGUUGAUCCAUACUCUCAGCCUGUUUCUGUCUUUCCCUAGUGGGGCAGGGCUCUGGAGAGGUGAGAUUCUAGGACAUAUUGGUGAGGUCAUCUGCCCAGGGAGGUCAGGUUAGCCUCAUGGUAGCAUCUGCAAUUUGGUGGUUGAAAGCAUUAAGAUAUAAAGCAGAACAAAUUGUUCUAAUAAUCAGGAACCUAAAGGUAAGAACAUAGCACAUGAGAUUUGAGGUCUUCGUGUUAGAAGCUAGGGAGUCUAUUUUAGGUAUAUUCUAAGAGGCUUGUGACUUUACUCAUUUUUGCCUGAGCCCAACAGCUAACAUGCAGGUGAGCUAAAAGUAUUGUCUGGGAAGAUGGUGUCAAGAGUUGGGAUUAGGACUAGAAUCUCCUGUUUUUAUCUGGGUUAAGAAAACUACUGAGAACCCAGAUGAUUCUGCAAAACCCCAAAUCUUUGUUCUAAUUGUUGAAAAACUUUCCUUGGGGAAAUGUGUAAUAUCUUGAAAUUCAGAGGUCCAUGUGAUGAAAGGCUUUUGCAAAUUCUAAUUCUCAUUUAUGUAAGCUGUCCCUGAAAACAGAAAUUCGUAUUAGGCAAGAUAGAUUUCGAAUGGCAAUUUUAGUUAACCCAUUCUUCUCAGAAUCCAGCUGCUGGCCUCCAGCAGCCCUGGUUGACUUUUUGUAACUUUCCCUUGUUCUGUAAUCCUCCUCUUUCUACUUGAAACUUCCUAUGCUCUCCUUUUUUUUUUCUCCCCUUGAAGACCUGCUUCUGUUAAUUUUUUUUUUUUUAACCUUCAAUGAGAUGUUACCUUUGGCAGGACUAUCUAUGUGCUAAUCUUAUAACAACAGUGAGGCCUCAGGGAAGGUGAAUGUGAAUUAUUAUUGAUGACCUUUGGGAGAUUUAAAAAAAAAUUGAUUUGGGAUUAGAAAUACCUCAACAAGGCCAUGAAAUGAGAUAGGAAAUCAAGCUAGAAGCAAAGAACCCGCCAGGUCAAACAUUUUAAGAGGGACCAGGCAGGCAGUGGCAAAGCCAGUACAGCAAUGUUACAGUGUGCAAGGACCCAGGUUCAAGCCCCCAACCCUCACCUGCAAGGGAGAGGCUUCAUGAGCAGUGAGAUAGUAUUGUAGAUGUCUCUCUCUCCCUCUAUUAUCUCCUCCUUGCGUCUCAAUUUGUCUCUUUCCAAAAUAAAUAUUUUUUUGGGAAAAGAAGUUUUAACAAACUUUUCUGAGGACAAAUGAAUCCAUGUGUUCUUCCAUCUACUUUGCAUCGUCUGAUGGCCCAGGACCCAUCAGUUGAUUUAUACUGUCACCAGUUUUGAACAAAAUUCGGUAUUGAAGGGGAAAAAAAUGUAUUCAAAAUGGAAAGCAGAAUGCCCAGUGGACUUUUGGGUACAGUUUCUGUCAAAAUGUUACAUGUUAAUUACCAGUAGUUCUUUCAUCCAAUGGAAUGAGCCAUUUUUUCCAUUAUUUAAUGCAAUAGAACUUAUAUUGUAACAAUUCGCUAAUGCCAAGUGUAUGUUUCCCAGAGUAGAAAAGUUUUGCACAGAUUCAUCUUUACAGGAAAUUGACAUUUAUUCAAUAGUUUAGCAUCUCUUCACAAUUAAUCUGUGGGCCUUAAAGGCAAAUUAUUCCGUCAUCACUUAAUGCCAAGACAAUCCCCAUUCUUAGCAAUUGUCCUUAGAAGAAUAGAGUACAAUGGCUAGCUACAUUCACAGGAUGAUCCUGUUUACAGAAUAUGAUUUUUUCAGUACAGUAGUUAAGUCCUUAAAUACCUGGCAAUAGUUAGAUUGAACCUGAAGCAGCUUGUUCCUAAGAAUUUAUUAAUAAAGAGCAAAUAGCUCUAGGGAAAAAAAAAGUUAUGGGGGCCGGGCAGUGGCGCACCUGGUUAAGCACACACAGUAUGAAGUGCAAGGAUCUGGGUUCGAGCCCCCAGCUCCCCACCUGCAGGGAGUCGCUUCACAAGUAGUGAAGCAGGUCUGCAGGUGUCUAUUUUUCUCUGCCCCUCUCUAUCUUUGCCUCCCAAUUUCUCUGUCCUAUCCAGUAAAAUGGAAGGGGGGGGGGAAGCCAUUUCCUGAGAAAUCUAAGCAUUUUGUUGAAAGUUUAAAAAGAAGCUAAGAUUGAAAUUUCUCAAGGGCAGUUAGCGAGAUGAGUGUGUGGAAGAUAAUGGUGAAGUUUGUUUCUAUAGGGAGGAGGAGGUCAUUCAGACCAAAUCAACCACAUCCUGAUGAGGCAUGCACCUUUCAGCAUUUCUUUUCUAGAGGAGGAAAGUAAACACAAUUCAGUGUUGCUACGUGUUGACAGACUUGUGAAACUCCAUGACUGUGUGUACAAUAUUACUUUAAUAAAUUGUAUUUUCUUCUUAAA